AUGUAGUAAAAUUACAAUUAGAGAAAUAAUGAUGAUGGAAUGUCAAAUAUUUAAGAGGAAACAGUACCUGAGGAGAUAAUAUCUCCAACUUAAUCUAUGAAAGAAAAAAUGAGAUUUUAAGCUAUAACUAAAUAUGGAAGGGUAGAAGAAAAAUUAAAGAAAUAUGACACUGGGAGUAUUAUCGAAUAAAAAUAAAGUAAUCCACUAUUGAAAAACAAAGGCUACAUAGCUGACGAUUGGAAAUGGGAGUAGUCUUUGAAAAAGGAAAUUGAAAUGAUGAAAUUCUAAAAGGAUAGAGCGAGAAACAAGACAUUCAACACUGGUUAAUUAUCUGAGAUACAAAAGAAUAUUAAUGGGAAAUAAAUGAAUCCUCCUGGAGGUCACAGGGAUUCUGGCAAGAAUACAGUUCUUAGCUGUUUUAAUUUGAAUCAAUCAACCAAUCAUGCGGGGCCAUAAUCCAAUAAUAUUAAUAUCAGGGAUAUGCAAUCACAUAAUAAGGACUCUAAUAAUAGGUUGACUUUUAAGACAAUUAAUGACAAUACUUGGGAUGCAUCUAGUAAAUAAGAAGUGCAAGUAAGAAAUUCUCUAUUAACUAAUGAACAUUCUCCUUAAAAUAGAUUUAAAAGUAUCUUAUUCUUGAUUUUUACUAAUUUAGAUAGUAACUAAUUUAUCCGAUCAAGUUUGGACAAUGAAGAGCAAAAGUAAAUCAGACCAUCCCCAGAGCAAUAAACCUAUCGCGAUAAGUUGUAGCCAAGGAAUAAACUCAGCAGCAUGAAAGGCUUAAGAUACAAAAAUCUACAAAGUCUUGAUGCACAGUACAAGGAUGAAAUCCAGAAAUAUGCAGCCCCAUUAACAGGCUAGAUAUUCUGUGACAACUUAAUAUAAGAAAUCUAAGAGAAUUCUGAGGAACUAUAAUCAUCAGUCAAUGACUCUUAGUUUAAAAAAUCACAAACUGCUUAUGUCUCAAAAAGAGACUUAGAUACUUUGAUUGUAAAAAAACCAUACCAAAGAAUGAGAUCUGAAGCAGUUCUCACUGUAAAAAUUAAAAAGACCAUAGUCUUCGACUUAGACGAAACAUUAGUUCGAGCAUAAGAGCAAGUGCCUGAAUUCGGCUAUGACUAGAAGAUAUUAGUUAUCGAUGAAAACUAUUUUUGGUAUGUAAAGUGGAGACCAGGCUUGUUGGAUGCUCUUAACGAAUUAUCACAGCAUUUUGAGCUGAUUCUAUUUACAGCAGCGAAUUUUGCUUACGCUGAUAGGGUUCUGUAAACAUUCGAAGGGCACCAAUUUUUUUCACAUAUCUUGGUUAGAGAUUAAUGUCUCUUUGUGGACAGACAAAAAGUUUUCAUAAAAGAUCUAUAGAUUUUGACCAAUGGAAGGUCAUUGAAAGAUAUAAUUAUUGUAGAUAAUAAGAUUGAAUCCUAUAGUAGCAAUUUAGAAAAUGGGAUACCCAUUAAGUCUUACUAUGGUGAACUUGAUGAUGAUCGCUUACCUCACUUAGUUUAGCACUUAAUGAAGUUAAAAGACGUUAGAGAUGUUAGGACUUAGAUUUUGAAAGACUUUUUCCUAAAAGAGGUCACUGAUAAAUAAAGAUAGAACGAUGACAUUUUCGAUUCUGCUAGGAUUAAAUAAUGUGUCUUAAAUGAUAAAGAAAAGUAUUAGUAAUAGAAAGAACUUGAUAGGAGAAAGUUCUCUCGAAGCAAGAACAAUCAAAUCAUUGAAAUAGGAAGAUUUCUAUGA